AUGCCGACUAAAAGUUUAAAAUCUUCGACUGAUAAAUCUAGCGUUUUGGGUGAAUAUGAAAGUAUUUAUCUUACUCCAAGGGAAGCCAGUGUCUCAUUAACACUACAGGGUGAGAAACCUGGUCCUGGAGACUGGAUAUUUCUCGUUUUAUUUGACGGCCAGAUUUUAUUUGAAACGAAGUGGAUCAAUGAAGAAGUUCAAUUUAUGCAAUCACUCCCCUUAGAUUUGAAGAAGAAUUCUGACCAAAGUAUAUUAAUCGAUAGGCCGCUUACGUUCCUAUUGCGUCUUGCUGGUGGGAAGCCUACGAAAGAUCCGGAUCCUUUCCUUCACGUUGAUAAUCGUGUAGGCGGAAAUGUUGAUCUUUAUCCAUUAUUGCUAGGAGAGGAGAAAAUUGUUGUUAACGCACCGCUAUAUGUUUUAAACACCGGGGAAGUUACUACCAGUUCAGUCAUUGUACAUGCAGAGACCAAUGGUGUUGUUGAAAACAGCAGAGUUCCAAUUAUAAUUACUAUGCUUUCUGCCCACUGUCUUCCGAUUGCCAAAGAAGGAACGGUUUAUAUGAGCGCUGUUGGAUUAAAUGAAAUACAUAACCCUAUGCCCAUUAAUUUUGGUAUGUCCACGAGUACUGCAUCAGCAACGAAAGUAGUUUGGUCAUCAAUAAGUAAUGCUGCAUAUGGUGCCAACACGCUUUAUAAUAUUCCAGAAGAAGAUAAGUUUAUAUCUGAUUGUGAACCAAAGGAUACCGAUUUAUGCAUUUCUGUUUAUUGGAAUGCAAUGAAACGCGUUCUUGUAGAUCCUAUUGCUUUUCGAGAGCGAUUAGAAGAUGGUCCAUUUUUGGUAGAACUGGCAGGUGUUCCAAAACAAGGCAAGAUUGAUGUCAGAGGACGUUACAUGUCUUUUAUUGAUUUAGGAGUACUGUUGCAGCCGGGCCAAUAUGGAGUAACAACUUGUGCAAAGUUAUUAUAUUUUAAUGAAUCAGAAUUACCUGAACGAAUGAGGCCAUUGUUAGAGUUACCGCCUACUAGUGCUAAAAUUAGUGUUCGAGAAUCUGACGUCGUUACAGAUGAACUUAACCACGUCGCUUAUAUAGCUAUAAGGUUUGAUUUAUUUGAACCCCUUGUUCCUAAAUCCAAAAUAGCCGCUCUCUAUGAAAAAUUAGGCUAUUCUUGUCCGGAGAGCCCAGCUGGCCCAGUAGACGAGAUACGUGUCGAACCAACUCCAGAAGACCCAUUUAUAGAUGUUCGGAAAAUUAGAAAAGAAGGAGGCGCUUUAGCAGUGCAUAAAGAACUAUGCGGCUUGUCUUGUAAGGGAAAUAUGCCUAUGAAUCAAAGCAUAAAACGCACGGCAGCUAACCGUCUCUUGUAUCGCGUACGAUCGAUGCUUAAGCAAUUUCCGCCUGGAGAAUGUUCUCAAACUUAUUUGCAAGAUACUAUUACUGCGCAACAUGUGGCUUGCCGACGUGCCGUUACUGCGUCAUUUGCUCCACAACCCCCUCUGCCUCGGCCAACUUCUCGUGUUGCAGCUGCUAGGAGCCGAAUAGGUGGUGACGGAAGGAUUAUGAAUCACCAUAUCGAACAAAAUUUAAGGGCUCUUCCCAAACACCCGAGGCCUUUGCUGUGUAAAGCUCUGCGAUAUUUAGAAAAUCAAAACGAAAGUGAUGCUCGUGAUUGUAUCUUGAAAGCGUUGAGCUUUCAGCCAAGAAAUAGAUUCCUACUUUGGGCGUUGGGUGCAAUUAAUUACGACAAAACAGGUGAUUCUUACGACAAAGCACACGCAGCGCUGCGUAUCGCACUAAAAGGUGAUAUAACGGAUGGUGUGACUAAUGCUAUCGCAUGGGCAGCAUUGCAUUCAUUCUAUCAUUUCCACGAAAAUGCUUACGCAGCUUUUAUUGCCGCAAAAAAAAUGCGCAAAGCGUAUGAGUUACCCCGUGAAUGGAAACGAUUCUUGCAGAGGUGGGUCGAGACUAGCGGCGAAGAAGAGUCAUUUUGGAUUCCUUCUCUGAUUGAUAUAAGCAAUCCUUUGCUAAUAGCGUCAACUUUCUUUCUCUGUCUGAGAUGUUUUCGCUUUAGUGAACUGUUGAUGCAAUGUAGUCUAAAAGGUUGUGCUACCAGAGGGUCACGUUUGAAUCUUAAAACUGUAAUCACCGAGGAUUAUUUUUAUGUACAAGCGGCCUAUUUACUCUUGCUAAGACAAGUUGAUAAAGCUGUACAAGUAACAGAGACGGCGAUAAAAAAAUUUGGUCCAUCUUGCAUUUUAUCGCAAAUGCGGCUUACAUGUUUGGUGUUUGCUCGUGGUUGGGAUGGAGAGUGCGAGAAAGGUUUAUCUGAAGCAGAUAGAGCUGGCGCAAAACUACCUCCUUCUGUUCUGUUGCGGGCUGCAUUAGGUGGUAUUAAAUCUAACCCACAAGGCGCACUGCAGCGAGCAGCGCGUGCGCAUAAGAUAGCUCCAUCGGCAUAUUCUGCUUUAGUUUUAAGUCGCGUUUAUAUGAAAAUUGGCAUGGAAAGUCUGGCUGAACGUUGGGCCGCUGCAGCUGUCAAAACAGAGCCAAUGCUAGCUGAUGGAUGGGCUGUUUUAGCAUUAUUGGCUAUGGGGGAAAGAAACUUAGAUAAGGCUAGAAAUAUGAUACGCACUGCAAAGCAAGCUGGCCCAGUUAGUGCUGAUGUUAAGGAAGAUGUAAGGAAAGCCAUGAAAGUCGUACAUUUGGAGGGGUUACCAGAACUAUUGGUGAAAGAGAUAUGCUUUUGUGACUAUUAUUAA